GGCUUAUCGUGCGAGAAAGCUGUGCGCAUACGUCCGUCGGGGUCGUUUUGCUGACGACGUUUCACGGCAGUGACUAAGAUUUCCUAAUAUCAACACAAAAGUAGUGCUCUCAUUGAAAAACAUGCCAUUCCAUAAGUACAUUUUUACUCCGAGGCUGUUGAAGGAAUACGAUGGAUCCCGGGACAACUACGAACCUGGCACUCUGGAGAAAUAUGGGGAUCAACUGUUGACAGCUCUGAAUCUAAUGUGGAGCUUUAGCUACUACACAUCGCCUAUCUUGGUGUCUAUUCUGUACCGGCGGGGGUAUUUCGUCGCUGAAUCCGUUGGAGCUUUUGCAAAAGUAACAACUGGCAUCGGUUUGCUGGUGGCGGUAUCUCUGUGCAUGCGGGGACUAGGCCGCUCGAUGAACAUGGUAUACGUAAGAUUUGCCGAAACACUCGAAAAUGCCAGACGCAACAGUGACCGGACUGGCGAUCCCAAGGCUGCUCUACGCCGAUACGAUUUUGAUUUCCACCAGUGGCCCAUCGAUUACACCGUGAAGAGCGGAAGUAGCAAACCAACGGCUCAGCGGAACAAGAACUUCUGGAUUUCAUCCCUCCCGUGUCAAAUCGCUGCCUACGUUGCAAUUCACACAUUCGGCAUACGAAUGAUAUACCCAGGGUCGGUGCGAUUGCUGCAAAGUUACGUCGAACCGAUGCUUAUUGAAGGCCGCACAAAGCUUGUAACCCAAUGUAAUGGCCAAAGAAAUAAGGUAAAAACUACUGAUGGAAAUGAAAUCGACACGAUCAUUGUCGACAAUCGACACAAAAGCGCAAACGGCAAGACGCUCGUUAUCUGUUCGGAAGGUAACGCCAGCUUCUACGAGAUUGGGAUCAUGUCGACUCCGCUCGAUUUGAAGUAUUCCGUCAUGGGGUGGAAUCAUCCGGGAUUCGCAGGGAGCAGCGGUCGUCCGUAUCCGGAUCAGGAUCAGAAUGCUAUCGAUGCGGUGCUGCAGUUUGCGAUACGAGAGCUUGGAUUUAAACCAGAAAAUAUUAUCCUGUACGGUUGGAGCAUCGGAGGAUACUCAACGCUAUAUGCCGCCUCACAAUAUCCUGAUGUAAAGGGCGUUAUUUUGGAUGCCACGUUCGACGAUGUGUUGCACCUGGCUCUACCACGGAUGCCGGAACGGAUUUCAAACAUCGUCAAAAUUGCUAUCCGAGACUACGUAAAUUUGAACAAUACUGAACUGAUCGCCCGAUACAACGGGCCGGUGCUGUUUAUUCGUCGCACGGAGGAUGAAAUUAUCUGCGCUGAGGACUCAGUUCUUAGUACGAAUCGAGGAAAUUUCCUGCUGAUUGGCAUGCUUAAACAGCGGUUUCCCAACAUAUUCAAGCCGGAGCAGGAAGUGCUGGCGAAGGAAUUACUUUCGAAACCUGUUGAUUUCAUCAAGAAUGUGCCAGAUGAUCAAUGCGUCUCAUUACUGAUGUCCUAUUUAAGUGAAAAUGGCAACAAUGGUACUAGUCGGAGUUAUCCGAUGGAAAUCGGAUCGGAAUAUACUAGCGAACAACGUAACUCCAUGGUUAAGUUUUUGAUUAAGAAACACUUAUCGGACUUCAAAUCAUCCCACUGUACGCCAUUGCCGGAAGAAUUCUUUCAAACACCUUGGGAAAUUCCCUCCGAAACCGAUUAUGUUUUCACAUAAACGUAUGUAAGCACUUUUGCGCUGCAUCGCCUGCAGCGAAAUCAAAAAGAAUAAAUUUUUUAGUUUGCUACACUGACGAUUUUGAUUAUUUGCCCUUUUAUAAUCUUAACGUAUAUAGUGUUGCUUGAGUUUGUAAUUUACCUCUUUCCACAUUAAUGGAACGUUUUUUUACAUAUUGUGUGAAAUUUGAAAUAGUGAAAAGAAUACUUUUCACAUGUAUGUAUUUUCCUUUUUUUUUAUGCAAACGUGCGCAGCUCAUUGCAAAUUUGUCAUGUAAACGUGUCACAACAAAAAGGGUUGAUCUGAUCCAAAUAUUAACUAAUGAAUCUGAAACCUACCCGCAAUUGCGAGUGUUAUAAAGGACAGAUGCAAACUAUUACACAUUCUCAUAUGACAUCAACAUUUAUUAUUGGUAUAUGACUGGGUGGUGAAGGCAAGAACUAAAACCAAACCCCUUUUAACGAAGGGAAUGCAUGCAAACAAGGAGUAUUUUCAAGAUGAAGACAACAUUAAACUAUUUUACCCAAUGGGUGCAUGUCCUGAUAAUCGAUGUACGUGCGGUAAAACCAAAAUAAAACCUCACAUCAUCAAAUAUUUAUUAUUACUGG